CUGACGAGACCUGGCCACACUGAAACAAAAACAAUAACUGGAGACUGGCCGCGGGUUUGUGGAAAACAAAACAAAGGAUAAAUAUUUGAUCGCACCAUGCAUACCGUGUACGCACUGCUCAAGAACAAGCUGAGCGAUGUGCAUCCGCUGCACAACAUCGAUCUGGACAGGGAUGUCGCCUACUUGAAGGCUUUGGUGACCAAGGAGCUGCAAUUGCAGUUUGACGCCAAUGAACUGGAGAUCAUCCAUCACGGGAGAGUGCUGGAGGAUGCGGACACCCUCAGCCGUUCGCUACAGCCCAAUGCCGUGAUUCAUUGCUUUCGGAAGACCAAACGAUAUACGCCAUAUGUGCCACCAGUGGGCUCCGAGAUCAACACAAAGCACAUCCAGGAGCUGUUCUCGCUGACGUCGCACCUCCAGAUUAGCGUCACUUCGCGUUUUAACAUCCUGCAGAAGAUACUGGCGGAGUAUCCGGAAUUCAGGCGCAAUCUGGGCGCCCAGGCCUUGAUCCGGGAUUCGGUGCUGUUCAAUAUGCUGCACGAGCCCGAGGUGGUCCAAAAUCUGGUCCGCGACUAUCCGCUCAUCUGCGAGGCUGCUCCAUAUAUAGUGGACACCAUUCGCAAGGAAUUGGCCAGGAACAGCUCAGCCACACAGUUCCAGGAACAAGCUGCCUCAGAAUCAACCACUUCAUCGGAGGAGGAGAACUCGCUCGGUGCCGGAAGCAGUAGCAGCGGCGGGAGUGGCGGCACCGCUGUGGCAGCAGCUGCGGCUGCCAACCGACGCGAUGAGAUGGCAAACAUUCGACAGAUUAGCCGCCAGCAGCUGGCGAAUGCCUUGGCCAAUGUGACCUCGUUUAAUUCUCUUUCGAACAUAGCCCAACGAAAUGCAGAUGAGGCACUACAUGGCGAUGAGAGACCGAGGACCAGUACCUCGGCUCCACUGGUGGGAACCGGGUCUGGUCCAGGAACCGGAGCCGCAAGCAGCAGCGGAGCCAGCGGCACUAGUUCCAUCUCUUCGGAGCUGUUUCGCAAUGAGCUGGCCCGAGCGUUUCAAUCUCUAUCGCAACAGCAACCAGCGGUGGAAAGUAUGGAGGUAGAGUCCGGAGGAGGAGCAGCCGCCGCUGCCGCCGGCGCAGCAGCAACACCUUCCGAAGAUGUGGAUGACGAUGAUGAUGGUGAUGGGGGUGACGACAGCGAUGUGUUGCCGCGCUGCUAUCGCCGUCAUCGCUUUACCGAACAACUGCGCACCAUGGCCGCCAUGGGCUUCAUCAAUCACACCCAGAACGUCAACUAUCUGACCUUGGCAGAUGGCAACGUGGAGCACGCCAUUAACUUGCUGAUGCUGGGCAUGAACUAAAGAGGGUAUCGGGACUAGCUAACCACCUGAACUGUGCUUACUACACUGACUUAUAUAUUUAUUCUGCUGCUGCUGCUGCGUUUGAGGGUUCUGAAGCAUUCAACUCCCAACAAAAGCAAGGAAUAUCUCACGAGAACUUAUAAUAAUGAUUAAAAAUACAUUUAGAGGA